UAAAAAUGUCAAAAUAAAGAAAAUUAUUGCAUAUGUGAAAGUUGCAGUCCAGAGUUGUAAUAAGUAUGCAGAAAAUACUAAAAUAACUUUGUACAGAGUGGAUCCGUUCUUGUUUUUCAUACUCUAAACAUAAUUUACUUAAAAAAUUCAUUUAUUAUUGAAAAUUGUAUACAUGUAAGCCAUAAUCUCUCUGUUUGCCUACGUUUACUAUAUUGUGGUCAGAGUUGCGGUUGCGUCUCGAAUUUGUGCCAUUUUUUCUACUACAUUACAACCGCGAAUUGGAAUGAAGAGUGAAUUACAUUUGUAGAUGAUCCAAAAUAACAAAAGGCAAAAGUUGAUAGUGAAUAAACUAGCAUAUUCUUGGUGGAGUGCAUAGUGUUGUAAAAAGUAGACUUUUGAAUGUGUAAAAAGUAGAGAUUUUGCGGAAAAAUACUUGUAUAUUGGGAAAACUUUUUAAGUUACAAAGUGUGAAAUUUUAGUCUCGUCGGCCUGGAAAUUUGCCCGCAGUAGCAGAUCUUCAGCAGCGGCUGUUUUAGCAGCAGAGCUCCAAGUGUGUUGUACAUACAUAUAUGAUUUGUUGAAGAGAGUUAAGGGAGGAGGGGUCGCGUGUGCGUGAGUGCGUUCGCGCUUCCAAUAAAGCAAAUGUGACAUUUGCGCCAAUGGCACAAAGGGGAAGAAAAUAAUUACUUCAAAAGAAGAGAAUCCAUAGAUAUACAAAUAUUAGAAACAACAGAAUCGUUUUCAUAAAGAAACAAAAAAAAAACAUAAUUUAAUAUAAUAAUUACGUAUGUUUGACUUAAAUUCGUAAACUUAUCUAAGCAUUAGAAACUAAGUGAAGUUGGAGAGACGGCUGUAUACAUUAUAUUGAAAAGAUAAAUUUAAAGUAAAAUAAGUUGGUUACAAUGACCGAGAUGAAACGCGUAGCGUUUACCACUUUGAGUAGUAGUACUUCGUCUACAGUAAAUCUUAACGCUGGUGUAAGCGGUGCUGCCGGCAUUUUAGGGGGUUUUAGCAGUGCUUCUUUACCCACGAACUCGUCACGUUUUGGUGCUGAUUUCCUCGCUGGCCAACAAAACGUGGAUGGUGAAAAUGUGACAGAUCGAAAAAAUAACAAAUCAAUGCGGCUCUCUAUAGAACUGUUUCCCACAGAUUCCUGCAAGUAUCCCGAAUUUAACUAUUCCAGACUACUACACUUGGAAAAGAAAAAACAAAAAAAAUUGAAGCAAAAAACAAAUGGUUUCACAGAUCCAUUUAACGAAAAUGAUGAUGAUGUAGCUAGAAUUGCGCGGGAGUUGGAGAAAAAAUAUGGAAGCGCGUAUAGUAGUGGUCGAGGACGUAGCAAAAAAGAUGAUCUAUGCGAUAUAGGUUUGGGAUACGAUGAAUCUGACUCUUUUAUAGAUAAUACCGAAGCUUACGAUGAAAUCAUCCCGGAGGAGCUGGAAACAAUUGAAGGAGGUUUCUACAUCAAUUCUGGACCAUUAGAAUUUCAAAAGCUUCACACAGAAUCAAUGACAACUAAAACUGAUGAAAUUAUCAAAAUGCCGAAUCGACCAAGAAAACGGAUCAUAUCGUCGUCAUCCUCGGAUAGUUCAUCCAGCAGUGAAGAAGAUGCUGAAGAAGAUGUCGAUUCCGAUGGUGAAGUGUCCAGUGCUGAUACUGUGAAAGGCGGUAAGGGUAGUAGUGUUAUAUCACAGUCUGCGGAAAAACGAUCGCGCAGUAACUCCAUUGUGAAUCCAACAAAGAAACCUAAAUCCAAUCAGGAGAGUAAUACGAAAAAAACAAAAGUAAAAAAUAUAGGUGUAGGAAGUUCAUCUACAUCGAACUCACCAAAACCUUCAUCCGUGGGCUCAGAUUCAGAAAAAGAACGAAUUCGACAGAAAGUUGUGAAGACAACUACUAUAAAAGAUAUGCUUAAAGCGAAACGGGACAAUUUUCUAAAAAUGCAAGAAGGUGGAAAUUGGAAUCGGCAAAGCGGAGUCUCGGAAGGGAAAAUAAACAACGGUGAAUUGAAGGGAGCUGCCAGUAAAUCAUCAGAUGAAGAUGAUUCCUCCUCUAGUGGGGAAUCAGAUGACUCAAGCGAUGAUAGUGAUUCGAAUGAUAGUGAGCCAGACGAGAAGAAACAAAAAACUGGUAAUGGAGAAAGUUCAGAAAAGUUGCGUUCCAGUGACACUAAGCUGCCCGAAAUCGAUCCUGAAGUUAUGUCUGAUAUUCAACAGUUUAAAGAAGUUGUAAAAAUGAAGAAUUUAAGUGGCAAACGUUUCCAAUUCGACGAUUCACUAGCUGAAGUUUUUCUAAAACUUGAUGAGGCAUUGUUAUGCAUGGAAAAAACCCAUAGAAAUAUGGUAUUUGCCCACUUGGAAUACCAUCUAAUACUGCCUAAAUAUUUCUUCUUGCGUAAAGCAAAGCAGCUACGUAUUAAAGAAGAAAAAAUGAAAAGCAAAAGAGCAGUUGGAAAAUUACGAAAGGCCAUUAUUGAAGCAAUGCCGGGUGUUAUUGCGAACUUCGAAGCAGAAAUACGGAAGCACGCAGAAAUUGCUGGUGGUAUAAAUGCUGAUCAUCCGCCAAAAAUGCCAAAAAAGAAGUUUCCAUGGAACAAUAACUUACGAAAUCUUCUUUACGACGUUUAUCAAGUACGUUGGACGUCGUUUCCUGUGCUAGGUACACGAAAAGAGACCCUUGAAGACUUUAUUAAUGUAUUUCUGCGAGAAAAAGUUGUAGAGCUGUGGCCAAAGGAUUGGAUGCGGUUUGAAGAGCUCCAAAGAGAAAUUGAAAAACGUAAAGCAGCUGCAAAAAAGGCAAAAGACAAGAAGAAGGAAAAAGACAAUAACAGUGGUAAUAUAAAUAGCAACCUCAACUCAGUCAAUGCUUCCACCACAAGUAGCGCUCUUGCUUCUGGUUCUGCCACACAAAAUGUUCCCGCCAACAAUGCUUAUAUGAAACAGUUUGAGGAGUUUGCUACAGGGAGUCGAAGCUCAUAUGCAAAUUCCGACACUGAAUCAGUUGCAAGUAGUAGUACUUCGAAUGGUCUCAAACGUAAAAUUGGCGGUAAAGGUGCUUCUAAGACAGCGAAAUCAAAAACACAAUCAAGUAUUCCUAUUUCUAAUAGCACUUUUGAUAGCUGUAAGAAACCACAAUUACCACAGCAACUGCCCACCUUUGUCCCUGUUUCCACAAGCCAAGAUUUCGGCAACAAUACUGCUCCCAAUUCAGCUAAAUUGCCGACAUCUGUUUUACCACCGUUACCUACUACAUCCAGCAGCGUAAAUCAAGCGACUGUUUUGUCAUCUCAACCAAAACAUUCCAAACCAGGAGAAACAAAUGUUCAAGUUAUAGAUUUAGAUAACUACCGCAGCCCAAGCGAUAUAUUAUUGACUUCUCAACAAAUGCUUAGACCGGCCAAUAGUAGUACGAAUACAACAGUGGCUAAUGCAAAAGGUGCCUUAAUGUCAACAGCGCCAAAUCGUCGAGAAAGUAGUAGCGAAUCGGAUGGUGUGGAGAUAGUUAGUAUCUAUCCUGCCGCAAGCAAAGCACCGGUGGGAGCAAGUCAAAAAUCAAAAUAUAAGAAGAACUCAGCUUCAAAUUACACUGUCGAACAAGGGAACAUAAAUACAUUUCAAAUCAACACUUCAAACUUAACAAACAACAAUAAUAACCAUAAUGCGAACAACAAUAAUAGCCAAAAUAUCAAAGGUAAACAUAUAGAGCAGUUGAGCGGAGCACCAAAUUAUGACAAACAAGUUGUACGCUCAUUUAAAGAUAAUGCGGAUUUGCAAUUACAACACAAAAUUAAUCUGCCAACAUCACAAAAUGGUUCCAAAAAAGACCACUUUGCCCAAUGACCCGCAGUAGUAUUUGAUGUAGCAGAUUUUAGUACUUUAUCGGCAGCGGCGCUUUCUUGUUUUGCGCAAGCGCAAUCUGCAACGACCGAAACGUUCUUAUCAACCAACACUGUAACUGGUGCAACGGUAGGAAAGCAACCGUUGGGCUCUUUACCACCACUGCCAUUAUUUUUACCAGCACACAUGGAACAUCCACAAUUAGCACUACCACCACCACCACCACCGUCAUCGUCAUCGUCGAUUGCCUCGAUGAAUACGCCAGUAGCAUUAAUACAAUCGCCUUUACCGACACCAACAGCACCUUUGCCGUUGUCAUCACAACUACCACCAUCAAGCCAACAAUCAACAGAUCCGCAGCAGUUACAGACGCGAAUUAGAUUUUAAAAUUUACAUGAUUCUAAAUAAAACGAAAAAACACAAAAAAUUGAAAAAGAAUGCAAAAUAUGUUAAACAAAAAUAAUUGUCGAUGAAUAUGUAUGUUUGUUUAUCGCGAAUAUGCGUUAUACUUUUGGAAGGGUCAGUUGAGAAAAUAACUUCAACAAAUUCUUUAUAUUGUCUAAUUGUGAUACAGUUGUGUUUGAAUAUAAUGAAUGCCAGAUAUAGUGAAACUCCAAUAUUGGCACUGAGCACCACAAGUAGCGAACGUUGCAGGCAAAAAAAAAAAAUAUAUAUAUAUAAAUUGACAAAAAGACAAAUACAGAAUGAGGAUAUUAAUUUUUAAGCUAUUGUUAUUUGACGAAACGUCAUUUUUCUUUCUUUUUUUUUUUUUGGGUUGACAUCAAAUAACUUGAAAGUGAAAUUGUACAUAUUUUGCUAAAAUUAAAAUUAAAUUUUUUGCGAUGAUUUGUGAGAUACAUGAAUUUUAAACAAAAACUAAACUGGCAACCUUAAUAUUCUAGGCACAACUGUACUUAGUAAUUCUAACUUUUUUUUUAUAUAUACAUAUUUUCGUCAAGCAUGCGUUUUGGGUCUUACUCAAUUGAAGUUGAGUUUGGUCUUAAUUUAUUUAUUAUUUUAAUUUCGGUUGAUGCAAUUACAAGAAGAUGAGUAAACACCAUAAAACAAGUAAACGUAUAUCUGUAGCAUUUAAGCAUGCGUUUUUUAUUAUAUUUAAGUUAAAUCUAAUAUAAAUUGCCAAUUUAUGUGACAUCGAUGACCCUA